AUGCCUGUGAAACCUUGUAAGCCAUUGUGUGGUGAAUGAUUUGACAGGUAAUUGAAAUUUUAUAUUUGUCUGCCCAACAAAAAAUCAGUUUAUAUUAAUAAAAAUAUUGACAUGUAAUUGGCAUACAAUAAUUGUAUAACUUUUCAACUUUUUCAAGUAAUAUUGUCUUACCAUUUCACAAUACAGUUAACGUCAUCAAUAGCCUAGCAUUUAAUGCUUUCUCUUAUUAUACAUAUUAGAUAUUACAAUUUCUUGGGGUUUUGGUUCUACGUACACAUCAUUCGAUCUAAGUAAGUGAAACGCUUCAUAUAAAAGCGAAAGGAAAUAUAAACUGAUAUCUCGACUGACAGCGGAUUUUUCUGAUCCCGUUGGCUGAGAAAUAAAACAAUCGUUAACUCUAAGCAGAUUUGAUAGUGCCUCAAUCUGGUGUUCACUUAAAUUGUUCAACAUUAAAACGAUUUCACAGAACCUAUAGCCUUUCUUUCCAUAGUUAAAAUAUUUAUCUGCCUAUAUUCGCCAUGGCAAAUUUGUAUUCUCCAUUUUUGCAAUACACCCGUGCUUCCCCCCUGCUAAUUUUAUUGUUAUGACAUCACCGGACAGGAUUCUGUCCGGUGAAUAUUAAUGAGUGCCGAGAUUUACAAGUCUCUCUCGUUCUCCGUUUCAAGUUCAAAACUGAUCUCAUAAUAAACUGGAUAUACCCUAUCGAAACCCAUUCGAGAGAGACUUGGGGCAAGCCUAAUUACCGUCCUACAUACUAAUUUUUUGUGUGUUUUGUUAAUGAAUUUUUGAGAAACCGUUAAAAAUAGUUCUUUUGAAACACCAACUGACAGGACACCAGUAUAUUUAAUUAAUUUUUUAUUACCUUCAAACUUUUGUCCAAUAUUUAUAUCCCAAUCGUAUUUUUAUCCCACCUUUUUCUCUGGAAUUAAUUCUUUCGGAAAACUUACAUUUAAACUAGCUAGCAUAAAAACUAUUAAACAUUAAUUAAUCUAUCUCUCAUGCUAAAACUGAUUUGAACAAAUGUUAUUGAGAGGUUUCCAAACAACCCAACAUGUAUAUUGUAAUCAGUUUUUGAUGCGAGUUCGGCAGCAAUUUUGUACAAUUUUAUAUUACUUUGCCUUAAUUAAGGCUGUAAAGGAAAAAUAACUUGUAGUUGUAUGAGAUUUAUUACUAGAGUGUAUAUCGGUAAAUAAAUACUUCUCAAAAUUACUACCAGUUCAUUCGUACGAAAUUUUUUACCAUGGAAUCAUAGUGGCGAUAUACAGAGCUAAUAUCCCAUGUGUCCUGUUAGUGCAUUUGUAAAAAAUAGCUAAUUAAAUUACAAUUCUCGUUUAUGAUAGAACGAAACACCACUGGCAUGCAGGACACAAUAUGUUUAUAAGUUAACAUUUCAAUUUGUUUUAUUCUUGUAGAAAGUAGAAUCAGUCCAUCAAUUCGCCCUUCCUCAACAAGUGAGUAUAAUAUAAAAAUAUUUUAAUUUCUAAACUUCGUCCUACUCUGGGUUCGGCUGCCUGAAUUCGUUUUUCCCAUCACUUUCACUCCCGUUUCAUGGCAAUUGUCUUUUCCUUUGAUUUUUAUAUCUUCUUCUACGCAUGUGGUUCAUAAUCUUCUUCGGUCUUCACCAUCGUCCGGCCACCUCUCUCUCUGAAACUCCAAUUCCAAAUCUGCAGUCUCGAUAAUUCCGUGAACUCCGUAUACGUAUCCAUACAUGCUUCACCCAUCUUCUUACAAUGUUUGCAAGCAUAUAUCCAUAAAAUGUUAACCUUUUACUAAUGAUCAAAAGGGCUCAGCUCAUCAGGAAAUCAUGCUUCACUAUUGGGGCAGGCAAAGUGCCUACUGGGGAAAAUGCCCUUGUAGUUAUAUAGUUAAAAAAAUGCACUGUCAGUGCAUCAAUUCAACAUUUGUUAACAAGUAAGUAUAAGUAUGGGGCUUCGGUGGCGCAGUUGUAAGAGUAAGCGCCUUUCACCUCUGAGAUCGUGGGUUUGGUUCUCGCUUCGUACUCAGGUGAAAAGAAUCUGUCAAGGUUCUGCCGUAAGUCGUGGAUUUUCUCUGGGUGCGCCGGUUUCCUCCCACAGCAGAAGCUGACAGGGUGGGUUAGGAUAAACAGAUCUCAAAUGUUGUAAAGAUAAAUAGUCUAGGUUUGGUAAGUAACAUGAGCGUAAUACUUGAUGUAAUCGGUCAAUGAAAAGCCCCAGUUGGGGAGUGAGCUGAAUAAUGUAAUAAUGUAAUGGAAGGGUAUUUUAGCGAAUUUCUUGUAUGCUUUUUGAUGAACUUGAUGAGAUGCUAGUCGUCGUCUUCAUGCACAAAUAAACUUUAAUAUGCUAAUAUGCAGUAAGGGGAGCGCUAAUAUAGGAUUUACUGUUAUUGCGAACAAACAGACUGUAAGACUAUCGAUUAUUAGAUUCUCAAAAUUGAUCAAAAGGCAGGAAUGCACAUAAUUGCAAUAACGAGGAAAUCCUUUUGCUUGUAGAUUCAUAAGAAUCUUGAGUAACCACGCAUGUUAUAUUAAUUUUAUUCAGCAACACGGUCUGUUUGUCAAUAUUGGCAAUUCGGAUGUGAUAAUGGUUACGAAUGUGUGGAUCGAUAUUAUCUUUGUGAUGGAUGGAGUGAUUGCUCUGACGGUAGUGAUGAAUGGUAUUGGAACUGCGGUAUGUUCUAAUUUUACUAUCAAAUUUUGCAGAGAGGAACAAAUGAUCUCAUUUGACAGAGACAGAUUUUUAUAAAAGUUAAAUUGUUGAUUUAUAAUUGUUAUAGCAAGUUCAACCAGUGCAUCAAUUCAACCUUCUUCAACAGGUGAGUUUAAUGCAAGCAUCUUUAAUAAUCUCUUCUUUGGUAUUUUACGAGUUGUUAAUUAAUUGUCCACUGUCGGUUUUCCAUCUGUUCUUCAACGUCCACGUUCAUAUGUUCCAGCUCCGUAAUGUUUCUGCAUGAACGUCUCCAUCUUCUCUUGUCGGUUCUUCCCCCCUUCCCCAAUGUUUUUAGAGUGUAGUUUUAGGUCUGUUCAAAGCGGAUAAAGAAUUGGGGAGGGGAUUGAUAAUUGUAAGCAGACAGUGUUGGAUAUCUUGCGUACAUCUACUCACAAAAUUUCAUCAACUUUGUUCUUAAAUCUAUAUGUGACUAUAUGUCGUGCAGUAAAUUAAAUUGUCAAGUAUUAAAGGUUAUUUUUUAAGCUGACUUUUAGAUGAGGGAAUGUUGAAAAUUAAUGUGAGAGGACAUGAGAAAGCAGGAAGUUGCAGCUUUUUCAAGAAGGUUAACAUUUUACUGAUGAUCAAAAGGGCCCAGCUCAUCUGAAAAUCAUGCUUCUCUACUGGAGCAAGCAAAGGGCCUAUUGGGGUAAAUGCCCCUGUAGUUAUAUAGUUAAAAAAAAUGCCCUGUCUGUGCAUCAAUUCAACAUUUGUUAGCAAGUAAGUAUAAGUAUGGGGUUUUGCUGGCGCAGUUGUAAGAGUAAGUGCCUUUCACAUCUGAGAUCCUGGGUUUGGUUCUCGCUUCGUACUCAUGUGAAAAGAGUCUGUCAAGGUUCUGCCGUAAGUCGUGGGUUUUUUCCGAGUGCGCUGGUUUUCUCCCACAGCACAAGCUGACAGGGUGGGUGAGGAUAAACAGAUCUCAAUUGUUGUAAAGAUAAAUAGUCUAGGUUAAGUCAGUAACAUGAGCGUAAUACUUGAUGUAAUCAGUCACUGAAAAUCCCCAGAAUAGGAGUGAGCUGAAUAAUGUAAUAAUGUAAUGAAGGGAAUUUUAGUGAAUUUCUUGUGUGCUUUUUGAUGAAUUUCAUGAGUUGCUAGUCGUCGUCAUCACAAGUAAACUUUAAUCUGCUAAUAUACAGUAAAGGAAGCGUUAAUGUAGGAUUUACUGUUAUUAGGAACAAACAGGCUGUAAGACUAUAGAAUAUUAGAUUCUCAAAAUUGAUUAACAGGUAGCAAUGGACAUAAUUGCAAUAACGAGGAAAUCCUUUUGCUUGUAGAUUCAUAAGAAUCUUGAUUAACCACGCAUGUUAUAUUAAUUUUAUUCAGCAACACGGUCUGUUUGUCAAUAUUGGCAAUUCGGAUGUGAUAAUGGUUACGAAUGUGUGCAUCGAUCUUAUCUUUGUGAUGGAAGGAAUCAUUGCUCUGAUGGUAGUGAUGAAUGGUAUUGGAACUGCGGUAUGUUCUAAUUUUACUAUCAAAUUUUGCAGAGAGGAACAAGUUAUAAUUAUCUCAUUUGACAGAGACAGAUUUUUUCAAAAGUUAAAUUGUUGAUUUAUAAUUGUUAUAGCAAGUUCAACCAGUUCAUCAAUUCAACCUUCGGCAACAGGCAAGUUUAAUGCAAGCAUCUUUAAUAAUCUCUUCUUUAGUAUUUUAUGAGCUGUUAAUUGUCCACUCUCGGUUAUCCAUCUGUUCUUCAACGUCCACGUUCAUAUGUUCCAGCUCCGUAAUAUUUCUGAACGUCUCCAUCUUCGUAAUGUUUCCGAACGUCUCUAUCUUCUCUUCGUCGGUUCUUCCCCCCUUCCCCAAUGUUUUUAGAGUGUAGUUUUAGGUCUGUUUAAAGCGGAUAAAGAAUUGGGGAGGGGGUUGAUCAUUGUAAGCAGACAGUGUUGGGCCCGAUCUUGCACGCAUCUACUCACAGAAUUUCAUCAACUUUGUUCUUAAAGCCAUAUGUGACUCUAUGUCUCGCACUAAAUUAAAUUGUCAAGUAUUAAAGGUUAUAUUUUAAGCUGACUUUUAUAUGAAGGAAUGUUGAAAAUUAAUGUGAGAGGACAUGAGAAAGCAGGAAGUUGCAGCUUUUUCAAGAAGGUUAACCUUUUACUGAUGAUCAAAAGGGCCCAGCUCAUCUUAAAAUCAUGCUUCUCUACUGGAGCAAGCAAAGGGCAUAUUGGGGUAAAUGCCCCUGUAGUUAUAUAGUUAAAAAAAAUGCCCUGUCUGUGUAUCAAUUCAACAUUUGUUACCAAGUAAGCAUAAGUAUGGGGUUUCGCUGGCGCAGUUGUAAGAGUAAAUGCCUUUCACAUCUGAGGUCGUGGGUUUGAUUCUCGCUUCGUACUCAUGUGAAAAAAAUCUGUCAAGGUUCUGCCGUAAGUCGUGGGUUUUCUCUGGAUGCGCCGGUUUUCUCCCACAGCACAAGCUGACAGGGUGGGUUAGGAUAAACAGAUCUCAAUUGUUGUAAAGAUAAAUAGUCUAUGUUAAGUAAGUAAGAUGAGCGUAAUACUUGAUGUAGUCAGUCACUGAAAAGCCCCAGAAUGGGAGUGAGCUGAAUAAUGUAAUAAUGUAAUGGAAAGGUAUUUUAGUGAAUUUCUUGUGUGCUUUUUUGAUGAACUUCAUGAGUUGCUGGUCGUCGUCAUCACAAGUAAACUUUAAUCUGCUAAUAUACAGUAAGGGGAGCGUUAAUGUAGGAUAUGCUGUUAUUAGGAACAAACAGGCUGUAUAAGACUAUAGAAUAAUAGAUUCUCAAAAUUGAUUAACAGGUAGGAAUGGACAUAAUUUCAAUAACGAGGAAAUCCUUUUGCUUGCAGAUUCAUAAGAAUCUUGAGUAACCACGCAUGUUAUAUUAAUUUUAUUCAGCAACACGGUCUGUUUGUCAAUAUUGGCAGUUCGGAUGUGAUAAUGGUUACGAAUGUGUGCAUCGAUCUUAUCUUUGUGAUGGAAGGAAUCAUUGCUCUGAUGGUAGUGAUGAAUGGUAUUGGAACUGCGGUAUGUUCUAAUUUUGCUAUCAAAUUUUGUAGACAGGAACGAGUUAUAAUUAUCUCAUUUGACACAGACAGAUUUUUUCAAAAUUUAAAUUGUCAAUUUAUAAUUGUUAUAGCACGUUCAAGCAGUGCAUCAAUUCAACCUUCGUCAACAGGUAAGUUUAAUGCAAGCAUCUUUAAUAAUCUCUUUUUUAGUAUUUUAUGGGCUGUUAAUUGUCCACUCUCGGUUAUCCAUCUGUUCUUCAACGUUUCACGUUCAUAUGUUCCAGCUCCGUAAUGUUUCUGAACGUCUCCAUCUUCUCUUCGUGGGUUCUUCCCCCUUUCCCCAAUGUUUUUAGAGUGUAGUUUUAGGUCUGUUCAAAGCGGAUAAAGAAUUGGAGAGAGGGUUGAUAAUUGUAAGCAGACAGUGUUGGGUAUCUUGCACGCAUCUACUCACAGAAUUUCAUCAACUUUGUUCUUAAGCCAUAUGUGACUAUAUGUCUCGCACUAAAUUAAAUUGUCAAGUAUUAAAGGUUAUAUUUUAAGCUGACUUUUAUAUGAGGGAAUGUUGAAAAUUAAUGUGAGAGGACAUGAGAAAGCAGGAAGUUGCAGCUUUUUCAAGAAGGUUAACCUUUUACUGAUGAUCAAAAGGGCCCAGCUCAUCUGAAAAUCAUGCUUCACUACUGGAGCAAGCAAAGGGCCUAUUGGGGUAAAUGCCCCUGUAGUUAUACAGUUAAAAAUAUGCCCUGUCUGUGCAUCAAUUCAACAUUUGUUAGCAAGUAAGUAUAAGUAUGGGGUUUCGCUGGCGCAGUUGUAAGAGUAAGUGCCUUUCACAUCUGAGAUCGUGGGUUUGGUUCUCGCUUCGUACUCAUGUGAAAAGAGUCUGUCAAGGUUCUGCCGUAAGUCGUGGGUUUUCUUUGGGUGCGCCGGUUUUCUCCCACAGCACAAGCUGACAGGGUGGGUUAGGAUAAACAGAUCUCAAUUGUUGUAAAGAUAAAUAGUCUAGGUUAAAAGUAAGUAAGAUGAGCGUAAUACUUGAUGUAAUCGAUCACUGAAAAGCCCCAGAAGGGGAGUGAGCUGAAUAAUAAUGUAAUAAUGUAGUGGAAGAGUAUUUUAGUGAAUUUCUUGUGUGCUUUUUGAUAAACUUCAUGAAUUGCUAGUGGCGUCGUCUUCACAAGUAAACGUUAAUCUGCUAAUUAAUAUACAGUAAGGAGAGCGUUAAUAUAGGAUUUACUGUUAUUAGGAACAAACAGGCAGUAAGGCUAUAGAUUAUUAGAUUCUCAAAAUUAAUUAAUAGGCAGAAUGGAGAAAAUUGCAAUAACGAGGAAAUCCUUUUGCUUGUAGAUUCAUAAGAAUCUUGAGUAACCACGCAUAUUAUUAGGGGUGGAAAAAUUUUUUUUCUUUCUGGGAACCUGAGUCGAAGGAUAGAAAUUUUUGUGUAAAAUUUGUAAUGUUACAAUUACAAAAAUAACAAAACAAAUGCAUAAUUAUUGUACUAUUUGUACUUUAAUAAUGGGCUUUAGGCUGGUUUUCGUACGCUUGUGCAUCACAAUAGUUGUCUGUUAUAUACCACAGUUAUGAGUUGUGACCAACUAGUAAGGAUCUUGAUUUUUUCUGUGUUGGUGUUAUGUACUAAGGUGAAUAUGAUGUUUGUGAUGUUACUCUGAGUGUAUAUCCACACCGGGCAAACUUGAAAAGUAUGCCUGGCCAUGAUAGGAAUCGAACCUAUGACAUUUGGAUUACUAACCCAAUGUUCUGCUAACUGAGCUACGCAGUCAGGUCAGUUCGAGUAUGUGAUAUUUCGGAACUGAGUUUAGUUCCUUCGACAUGAAUGUUAUCUAGUAUUCCAAAGGUCGUAUAGGUUCGAUUCCCACCGUGGCCAGGCAUAUUUUUCAAGCUUGCCCGGUGUGGAUACACACUCAGAGAAACAUCACAGACAUCAUAUUCACCUGAGUACACAACACAAACAUAUCACAUACUCGAACCGAUCUGACCGCGUAGCUCAGCUGGCAGAGCAUUGGGCUAGUAUUCCAAAGGUCGUAGGUUCGAUUCCCACCGUGGCCAGGCAUAUUUUUCAAGCUUGCCCGGUGACACUCAGAAUAACAUCACAAACAUCAUAGACUAUUCAUAGUAAGGAUCUAACGCUUAACUAAAUGUCCUGUCAUCUUAUUUUUUCCAUCACUUUUAUCAACCUCGUACCCAGGUUGGGGCGUGCGAAGGUAAGAGCCUGGGUACGAGGUUGCACUUUUAUUUGUUUACUAUUUAAUUUGAAUUUUAUUGGAGACUUUGCAGAGCAUAUAUUUACCAUUUUACCAGUCAUUGUGAUGGCAGGGGUGGGUAAAAGAAUUAAUUUCUUUCAAAUAUUUAAAAGCUGCUGAUGUUAGCGUGUACAGUGUAAAUAAAGUAGAAUAGUUGUAACUUGUAAGUUGAGUAAACAGAGUUAUCUCAAAAUGUUGAAAUAUUUUCUGGAAAAUUUUCUGCAAAACUCUCAACUCAAAAAAAUUUCUGGGAACUAGGUUCCCAGGUUCCGAUACUUUUUCCACCCAGCAUAUUAUAUUAAUUUUAUUCAGCAACACGGUCUGUUUGUCAAUAUUGGCAAUUCGGAUGUGAUAAUGGUUACGAAUGUGUGGAUCGAUAUUAUCUUUGUGAUGGAAGGAAUCAUUGCUCUGAUGGUAGUGAUGAAUGGUAUUGGAACUGCGGUAUGUUCUAAUUUUACUAUCAAAUUUUGCAGAGAGAAACAAGCUAUCUCGGAGACAGAUUUUUAUAAAGGUUAAAUUGUUUAUUUAUUGUUAUAGCAAGUUCAACCAGUGCAUCAAUUCAACCUUCGUUAACAAGUGAGUUUAAUGCAAGCAUCUUUAAUAUUUUCUUGUUUGGUAUUUUAUGAGCUGGUAAUUGUCCACUGUCGGUUUUUCAUCUGCAUGUUCUUCAAUGUCCACGUCCAGCUCCGUAAUGUAUCUGAACGUCUCCAUCUUCUCUUCGUCGGAAUUGUCGGUCCUUCCCCAAUGUUUUUAGAGUGUAGUUUUAGGUCUGUUCAAAGGAGAUAAAGAAUUGGGGUGGGGGGUGAUAAUUGUAAGCAUCCAGUGUAAUUGGAUAUCUUGCGCGCAUCUACUCACAGAAUUUCGUCAACUUUGUUCUUAAAGCUAUAUGUUACUAUAUGUCUCCCACUAAAUUAAGUUGUCAAGUAUUAAAGGCUAUAUUAUUUUCAAGACCUUUACAUUUUCUCCAAGUAUCUCCACAAUGCAGGAAAUGUUAUUUCAGAGGCCCAAAAUUCUGUUUUUUCCGGGGAACAUUCCCCCGUACCCCCAUAAAAUCGUGAUUAUUAAGUUGCCCCCUUGAAAGAAAAUUCUUGCGGCACCACUGAACUAACAGUCAUUUAUUGUAGUUAGUAUUUGGUGUGAGUUACAGAAAUUUUGUAUAUUUACACUAUUACUUUGCCUUAUGUCUAUAAAAGCGAAUAACUUGUAUGAAAGGUAUGGAAUUUAUUGCGGUGCUGCACAACGAUACAGAGCUAAAUAAAUGCAUGUAAUUUGUGUUUUGUUCAUGAAUUUUUGUGAAAUCGUUAGUUAUAGUUCUCUUAUGAUACAUAUUUUCGUAACACUAAUGACAGGACAUCAAUAGUUCUAUCAAUGUAUUUAGAUAAGGAUUCUCAAUUGUUUUAUUCUUAUAGCAAGUCGAAUCAGUGCAUCAAUUCAACCUUCGUCAAGAAGUAAGUAGA